CGCUGCUUUGUAGUGCCUAAGAUCUUCUUUUUGCUUCAAAUCGUCGAAAUUGGACGAUAUUUAUCGCCAACUGAACUUUGACCCGUGCGCUUCUACAACGUUGACACCAGGCACUGGGAGGCUGGCUAUUGCUGUGAACCUCCAGCGGAGUUGCCGUAACUUACGGAUUAUCCUAUCAGCAUUAAAAUGCCAAAAACCAAGACUGAAAAUUGCGACAUAUGUCUUAAGGAGGUUCUUGAUGAUUGUCAAGCAUUAUUAUGCGAUAAGUGCAACAUAUGGAAACAUAAAGAAUGCUUAUCAAUGUCAAAUAAAACAUAUCUUAAAUUAAGUAAAUCCAAUGAUGAUUGGAUUUGUGGCAAAUGUAAGACCAAAGAUGGUCCUGGUUUUGUUUCACAGGCGAAGAGGGAUUACACUCUGGCCGAUGUCAUGGCAAAAUUAGAGGAGAUGGAUAAUAAAUAUAAGGCAUUAUUUACUAAAUAUAAUGAGCAAUUAAAAAUAAACUAAC